UGGUUCUAAAAUAAUUUAUAAUUUUUUUAGAUUGUAAUACUAAAAAGUGCAAUGCAUGAUAAUAAUAUAGAUUAAUAAUAUUAUGAAAAUGUUCCUAAAUUACAGAUCACAUACGCAUAUGUAUAUAGCAGAGGUAUUACAUAUGUAUAUGCAUUACUUUUUCCAGUCUGAAUGUAUUGGUUCUGUGAAUUUAGAUUAAUGUUUCAAGAAAUAGGGUGCCCUCUGCCGCAAAUGUCGGUAAUUUAGUACUGUUGAGUGCUGUUGAGUACUGUUUAGUACUGAGAUGAGCUUUAUAUGUAUUUAUUUACUACCCGAAGCAAACUUUCCUGGUGUAUAAUUUAUUAGUGGAAAGUUUAUCAAUUUUUUCAUAUUAUAAUCACUGAUUACUCUGCUAAGCUAUGUCCAAUGAAGAGCGUUUAAAGAAGCUUUUAUCAGAUUUAGGUAAAGCUACAUUGCGCGGAGUUCGUAAAUGUCCAAAAUGUGGCACCUAUAAUGGAUCUCGUGGUUUAUGCUGUAAAAAUAAGUACUGUGAUGCAGUAUUUAAGGAACCUGGUGAAAAAAGAAAAUUAUCUACAGAAGCGUGUAAGCUUAUUACAGGCACAACCGCGCAGGUGUUUUCAGUUCGAGUGCGUGAUAAAGGUCCUGACUAUCGUGGAUUUGUUCAACUUCCAUUAAUAAAUGCAACCAUUUCUAAUGAAAUGACAACACUUAUUUCACAAUCUACAGCAUUAUGUUUUGUUGAUAGUUGUGAACGAAGUUUUGAUACUAGUGUCCUUAAAUGUCAUGAAAAAAAUUCAUCUGAUUUGCCUGUUUCUACAUGUCAACAUAUACAGGCAGCUUUAAGAUGUUAUGCAGAAGCACAACCAUUAACAUUAAGGAAUUCUAUUUUGUCAACUUUAAAUGUAAACAAUGAAAUGAAACAAGAAAUAUGGUUGCUGGCUACAGAAACAUCAGGGCCGUUAGUGCAACGUGUUUCUAAAAAUAUCAUGGCUGUAAAGUGUAAAGCUUCACCAAAACAUCCAUUGGGGUACCUUCAUUUUUCUCUCUUUGUUACAAAAUUGAAAGAUAGAAUUGAACAUCGUUAUUUUUGUUCUUGUUCUGCUUUUAAGGGUGUAACAAAGACCGUUGGAGAGAAAGUAGAUUUGGGACAGUCUUCACAAAAUAAACGUUGUGUACACUUUUAUGCAUGUAUUUGUGCAUUUGCUAGCGAUGAAAAAUUAUCAGAAGAAUUUAGUUAUUAUAUAAAUUUAGAUCAGACUGACUUAAGUAUACCAAAACCAUUGACAACAAUGUUGCAGAAUAAUGAUCAAGAAAAAAUAGUUGGCAUUGAUUAUGAUGGAUUGUCUACUGAUGACACAGACACGCAUCUUCUAAUAUUUCGAGAUGAUACUUUAACAGUACAGAGUUUAGAUGGAAAUAGAUUGGACUUAGAUUCAAUGAACUUGGAUUCUACAAUAUUACCACAUAGUAUUGUUGAAAAUAUUGAAGUAGAAUGUGAUCGAACCUUAUUGGAAGAUAGUAAUAUGAUAUCACAGGUACACAAUUUAGAAGUAAUUAAUCAAAACAACAUGCAACUUGGAGGAAGUACAGUCAAAAUUCUGGAGAAUCAGACAGCUAUUGAUUCUAAAUAUAAUGUACUUAAUAACAGCCAGUAUAUCUUAAAUGAUAAUAACAUAAAAAUAUUAAAUACUGGAACUUUAAAAGUUCUCGACACAAAUACGAUUUUGGAUGUAAAUAAUAUGAAAUUAAUUGAUACCAAUACUGUUUCAAAUACAACUGGUAUGAAAGUAUUAAACAAGAAUGUAUUAAUACAAUAUGACAGUGGAAAUAUAUCAAAUACAGAGAGCAGUAAUAUACAGCAACCUAUCUCAACGAAACGCAAGAGAGAUGAUAAAACUACAAGCACAAAUACCACAAGUUUAAAUAAUCUGAAUUCGAUAGAACCGCGAAAAGCAAAAACAAAAUUGCAAAUUGUUAAAAAAUAUCAGAAUCCUUGUGAGGAUUUAGAUGAAGCUAACAUAAAUUUACCUUUUAUUAAAUGGCUGGCGUCUAUAACUGAAAGAAUCAAUCAGACAAUGCACUUUCAAUUUGAUGGGAAACCUGAUCCUCUAGUAUUCCAUGUACCACAAAUAUUUUUUGAUUGUUUACGUGAAAGGAUAUCUUGUGGCGGUAAGAAGAAACGAUUGCCAAAUUCAACAACUGCAUUCGUCAGAAAAGAUGGGGUGCCGUUGGGUACAUUUACGAAGUAUACUUGGCACAUAACUAAUAUUCUACAUGUUAAAAGUAUCUUCGAAACGCCACUUAUACCCUUAGAAAUAACAAGAAGUUUCGUACAAAAUGCAGAUGGUACAUACGAGUUAUAUAAACGAGAGGAAACUGAAAUAGAUCGGUACAAAAAAACUAACAAUAAUGCAUUAAUUAAGCCAUUAGAAUUAAAAACGUAUUUGAAAGUUGGAAAUACUUCUCCAAAUCAAGUUGAACCAACACCAUUUUUGAUAGAGUGGAUACCGGAUAUAUUACCAAUAUCAAAAAUUGGUGAGCUUAGGAUUAGAUUUGAAUUUGGUCAUGUAAAAAACGAAACAAACCACAGAUGGAGAAAAAUAGCUUUAUUAUAAAGAUAUUAAUGUAUAAGUU